AUAGGCGGCUUUUCAAAUUAGUAGAUCCCUAGGUUGGGGUUGCUAUUGUAAUAUUUUGCAUUACGACGAUGCUUCAUAUAUUGGCUUAAUAACUCCUAAAUAACAGUGAUAUGGUCUGAGUGGAGUGAACUAUUAAUGGUGUUAAUUGGUUACUACCUGUUUACCAUUCAUUACUAUUGAUAUAUUCAAAUGGAUUCAUCAGAAAAACGAAGAUUAAAUAAACUGUUAAGAAAGCCUUCAUCAUCAUCGCUUGGAAAAGCUCUAGGUUUGAGACAGAAGUUUUCUCGUAAUUCACAAAAGCAAGCCAAAUGUGCAUCCGUUGUAUCUGAAAAGGUACCCAAACAGGAGAUUAAUGUUGAUGUUGCUACUUUGUGUGCUGAGAUGUGUGGUGUUUCUAACCUAUCGCAAUCUGCAGCUAAUCUUCUUCAGAAACACUUAAAUCAAAUAGCUCGACUUUUAAUUCAUGAAGUCCUUCGAGUAAUGGAACAAAGUCGUCGAGGUGUCCCUCAAGCGUCCGAUAUUGAUUUGGCUUCAGUUUUGAUCGGACUUGAAAGUCCUUUCGGAACAACUACCGCAAAUUUUCUCCCAAUUCGUACGGGUGGUCGUACCGCAAGUUCAGGUCCUGGUGGCAAAGUUUUUUUCAUUCGACCAGAUAAAGAAAUCGAUGUCAAAGCUUUAUUACUUCGUGAACCAGCAGGUGUUGUCUACGAUGUUAGUUUAGUUGCUCAUUGGUUGUCGGUAAAUGGAAAGCAGCCUACAUCACCACAGAAUCCGCCACCGGAUUUUUUAGCAAGGAUGGCUUUGUUAAAUAAUUCAUUUGGAUCUCACAAUAAACAAAAUAAACGACCGAUUAGUCACAAAAAAGAUGAUGAUAUAAAUUCAUCAGUUGAAAAACAUCCUAAAAUUGGUAUACAUAGUAGUAACCGAGAUAAAUUAGAUUUAUUAUCAGGAUCUCAUCCAAGAAAAGUUUUAGCAGUGUCUGUCGAACGUCGUUCUCAUGAAAUCAGUCAAGAGGUGAUGAUUUACUUUCGUGAAUUAACUGAGGCAUGUGUUGGUGCUAAUGAAACUCGACGACAUGAGGCUUUGGACAAUGCUACAUUAGAUCCAGGACUUCAGCCAAUAUUACCUCAUCUUAUGACAUUCAUUACAGAGGGUGUAAGAAUCAAUGUAACUAAUCAUAAUCUUGCUAUAUUAAUUUAUUUAAUGCGAUUAGUUAAAGCAUUAAUUGAUAAUCCGCAUAUUUCACUGGAACCAUAUUUACAUUUACUUGUGCCUACAGUGAUCACAUGUGUACUUAAUCGUCAAUUAUGCGCUAAGCCAAUCACAGAUAAUCAUUGGGCAUUAAGAGAUUUUGCUGCUAAACAAUUAGUAACUUUAUGUAAUAGGCAUAAUACAUCUAGUAAUGAAUUAUACGGUCGUGUUACCCGUGAACUUUCGCGUGCUUUAUGCAAUUGGAUUGAUGGUGGUAGUACCUCUAAUAGUUCUACAGAAACUUGUAUGAAAUUAUCAAAUCCUAAUGUACCAAUAAUUGUUAAAAGUGAGCUAUCAAAAUAUACGGAUGAUGAAAAGUCGGAUGAAACGAAACUAUGUAAAUAUGAAAGUGAUCAUUUAACCAAUUCACUUACAAAUACAACAUUGACUACGAUUACCACUACUACUAGUCAUAAUAAUAGUAGUAGUAUUAAUAGUACAACUGGUAAUUCCAAUACUAAUAAUAAUAACAAUGGACCUAGUUUAGGCAGUGCUAUACAUUCAAUGAAUACAUUAUAUGGUAUAAUUGUUGCAUUAGCUGAAUUCGGUGCACAAUGUUUACGAAUGAUGGUAUUUCCAUUAUUGUCUCCUUUAUGUCACCGUUUAACUAAAUUAACAGAAUCAAAUCUUACGUUAAAUGAAUUGAAUACUUCAGGAAGUAAUGAUUUAAAGCCUACACAACAACAACAACAUCCAGUGCUUUCGUUAAGUUUAGGCGUAAAACUUUUACCAGUUGAUCAACGUUCAUUUGAUUUUCUUAAAGUUAUGAUGACGAAUCGUAUUGCUCCCUUACUCCAUGAUUGGCGUAUACGUCAAGGAUUUGGUGUUACAUUGGAAGAUUAUCGCGCCUCCUAUGAAUGUAUGGCUGAAUGCCUCUUUGUUAUGAAUCAAAGCAAUACUAAUACUAUUACUAAUACUACUACUAAUAUUAAUAGUAAUAGUUUAAAUACUAAUAUAAUAUCAAUUACCAGUACUACUACUAAUACUACUGCCACCACUACUAAUACUAAUACUAAUACUUCAUCUACUCAACUUGUUGUCAGCAAUCCAGUUCACAAUCCAACAACUAGUAAUGGGACUGUCAUGAUCAGUAGUAUUAGUAGUAGUGCUCCAGUGAAUAAUCCUACUGUUUCAACUAUUACCAGUAAUAAUAAUAAUAAUGUUGACCUUUCUACAUCAACCAGUAUUAUUGUUACCAGUAAUAUAACAACUUCCAAUGUGAAUAUUUCUAAUAAUUAACAAAAUUAUACAAACUAAACAUGUAAUUAUCACUAUAGACAAUGUUUAUAUUUUUCCUACAUUUUGUUAUUGUUGUUGUCGAUGGCAUUUCAAAAAAAAGAGAAAUAGAAAUAGUUAAAUAAAACUCAUACAUGUAAACAUGUAUGAAUAGUUAUAUUAUUUGUGAACAAUUUACUGUUUGUCAAACAAGAUCAAUGACACUAGUCAUCGAUUUAAUAUGUGAGCUUGUAUUUUUCUAAUUUCUCAUUGUUUCCACUUAACAAUCUUCAAUUGUAUCUGUUCACAUGUAAUAUAUA